AUGAAGCUUUGGCAUCAGAUGCUGGUGAUGAGCAUGAAAGGCAUGAGCAGCAGUGAAAUGCGGACUUUACUCCAACGCAUCUGUAACGUCAAUGAGAUGACGAAGAGGGCCAGGCAGAAGAAAAAUGCUCAUGAUGCCUCCAUUGACGUAAUGUCUGAGGCAGAACAGGCACUCUUUCAGGAGAUCGCCGCAGAUGAUGCUUUCGGGGAGGAUGUCACUCGAGCAGUGCGCAACGACCAAUUGCGACAUCAGGAAGCUUUCUAUCCAGCAUAUGCACAUGGUGCAAGCCCGGCUUGGAUGCAACAGAUGUUGGGUUGGCAGCUUGCAGCUGAUCUGCCACAUGGUCAGCUUCCUCAAGCCAUGCCACCGGCACCACCAGCACAGGGCCCUCCGAUGCUGGAACUCAGUGGUGUGGGCUCGGGGGUUGCCUGGACCGAGCCGUGGGCGCCGUGGCAGUGGAACAAUUUCUCCACUGCCAGCAGUUCAGGUGCACCAGCAGACCUGCCAAUGUCCGAGCUGCAGUGA